AUGGAGAUGGCGACGGUGCGGCGCCGUGCGGUGUAUGCCCUGGCGGUGCUUGCGCUGCUCUGCGGCUGCUUCUCCGUGUGCGGGGCGACUUCAUCAGAAUUCUAUGCGGUAGAGGUGUCGUGUCCGAAUGGUGAAGGAAAAUUAAGUUGGCGUGUUUCUGGCAGGAGUACCUCUUGGACGUUGUGCCCGGAGCCGGUGGAUUAUCAUGGGCCUUUUACUGCCCAUACGUCCAGUAAAACCAGAAUUGACAGUGACUCCAUCUGCGUAUUUGCUGGAUCAUUUUAUUUCCCCGUCAAGGAGACUAAAUGCUCUCCACCUUCAGCAGGGGA